AUGCAUCCGUAUAUUGUUGAAGACCAGUCUGCCGAUCCAGUUCGCCACACAGAUGCUUGGGCAGCUUUUCUCAACGCAAGGUUUGCGAAGCGGAAGGAACUUUACGAAAACUUCAGUGGCCGGGAGAAGGAAAUCAUUCGAAAGGAACUGCGGCGCAUCCGGUAUUUGAGAGAAUACUUCGGCGGACAUCGACUGUCUCCAUCCGAUCGCUUCCCGCUGGUUGCGUUGCUGGAACAAUCGCAUCUUGACUGGAGAGAAUAUGCCACUCGUCGAUGCAUGGAAGAGCUCCCCCGCUGCGAGGUUGAGAUCGCGAGAGCCAGCGGCCAACAAAGACAGAAGCUCAAUAGGGACAGGCUGAUCUUUAAGCAGGUGCAGCAAUGGCCAACAGAGCAGUAUGCGGAUAUUCAGCGCUCUGUAGCACCAGAUAUUUACAUCGCUGGUCUAGAUGCCGUCGACGACAGCGUCGACGAUGACCCCCGGAAGUCUGACUACGGGUACAAUGGCUGGCUCAUGGCGUUCAAAAAGCACCAAGGGGGCGUCACGUUGAAUCACCCCCUGUGCCACGGAGAGUUUCCACACCAGAAGAUAGCGAUGCAAAAACUGCUCUAUGACAAGCAAAACACGCCCCUGAGGCGGUCGACGGAUAAAACACAGCUCCGAUACUUCCAUCUUCAAGCCAACAACAUGAGAUGGGUGCAAGACGCGAUCGCGCGUUACUAUGGUGAAGACGCAACCGAAUUUGACGUGUUGAGAAGUUCACACCAGAACCGGUUCAAUCAGGCGUCUGUUUCGAGAGCGCAGUCAAACACCGAGAGACUGUUGACGCGCGAGCUCUGGCACGGACAGGAACGGGCUGGCGGCGACACUCGUAUGCCUCCUCACUCUCGCCAAAUUCGGCCACGUUGUGCCGUGGUUCCUUCGCCGCCAUGGAAUACACCAGGAUCCCUUGAAGGCGGCGGUAACCAAGCACGACCAAAUGAUGACACGGGGGAUGUCCAGUCGUCGCCCAGGUGCAGAGACCUUGUACUCUUUAUGCCAUACUUGCAUUGGGAGGUUGAGAAACGCCUAGUCAGAAUGACGAACGUCAUUCGAAAGACCAGACAAGCGUAUGAUAGAGAAUCAGCACUAGAGCGCCUCAACAAACGACGAGGAACCUGGACCAGCGUUGUUGAGAGAGCCAAAGCCCAAGCAAGACGCACUGGCACCACCUCAUCGGAUGUUGGGGAAUGGCACGAGGAUUCACCAUCUUGGCAACCACAGUCGCCCCUAGGGAAAUACCUCUGGCGCGCUUCCAAAUUAUUCCAGCUCAUCGACGAAGCAGCAGAUUGGCGGCUGAUCAGCGAGCACCUAUACACCCAGUCGCCACUUCAUCCUCGACGCACUCUGGAGCAAUAUCGCUGCUGGACUGCAGAAGAUACAACGCAAAGAGACCGACAGCAGGUAGUCUACCGCGUGAGACGGAUGAGGAACGACCUUGAAGCUAUUCCAAGGGUCGUUAUGGUAGACCAGCUCUGGCUUUGGAUCCUGGACGAAAAUACCAUCAUUACUGCGUUUCCUCGCAGAUGGGGCCGCAACAAACCCGACCCCUCGGCGGUGCACCGGGUGAUUCGGGAUCGUUUGGGGGUGAUCGAGGGCAGCCAAAUCUCUUCCAUCUAUACCAUUGCGCUCACAAUUAUUGACGAGUGCUCCAAGAUUUUCUUCGACAGGACUAAGCCGGACCUGCGGCCAGAGGUAGUGGACAUGUACGGGUCCGCAAUCUCCAAUAUUUCUGAGAAAAAAUCAGAAGCAUAUGAGCGAUUCGGGCGAGAUGUCAAGAGGAUGAAUGCCCAGGAUCCGCUGCAAACGGCCGAGGAACUACUCAGAAAGUCUCUAAGUAUCAAGUAUGAGUGGUCGGUGCUGAUGGAGGCACAAAAUGUCAUCGACCAGUUACAAAUCAUGCAAGAGAUUUUCACACAGCAAAUUACCGUCAUAGGAGAUUUUGAGAAGGCAUUACGGACUAGCAUGAGCGUGGAGCAGUGGGACGAAUUCAGGGACGCUGCGGAAGACGCGAGCCUGCUGAUAACAGAGAUGAAGCUGCGCAGGGAUGAGCUUUCCGAGCUGGAAAGCCGGCAGGCAAACACGAGAGGCCAGCUGAGAGAACUGCUGGAUAUUAAGCAGCAGCAGUCUGGUAUCAUUGAGGCAAAAGCCGCGAUUCGCCGCGCAGACGAAAGCGUCACACAGGGGAGAUACAUCGUGGUGUUCACCGUGGUGACCAUCUUUUUUCUACCGUUAUCGUUUCUUGCCACACUAUUCGGUAUGAAUGCCCAAGAGCUUAACGGAAGCACAAUGGCCCUGAGCACUCAACUCAUGUGGAUGUUCGUGCUCUCGAGCAUUAUCAUUGGUGCCUCGCUCGCAAUCGCAUUCAGCACAUGGGCAAGGACUGCAGUACUUUCUACAUUUAGGGGCGUCUUUGAUUUCUUCAGCGGGCGCUUACAGAGCCGGACUGUCGAUACCAACCAAUUGCAUGGCGCUUCGCCGCAAGCCAUCAGGGAGUUUAUGAUCUCGAAGCAGAAGGAGUGGAGUGCCAGGGACAAUACCAACGGGGUUGCAACGGGGUCUUUACCGCUCUACGAGGAUCCGGCCGAGAAACGGAUGUUGACAGGCCUUGCCCAUUUGUGGAGGCAGAAGCCAAGGGCAGCGGUGUAG